AACCAGUGGUGGAUUUUGGUUAACAGAUAUGUCAAAACAAUAUUCAAUGUCAACGUUCAUGGGUUUGGAUGCCUCAACAAUGUUUAACGCGGAGAGUCUACCGGAAAACUGCGCAUUUCUUGAAUAUAACUAUUUUGAUGAAAUCCCAUUUCCUAAAAAUAAUGAAAUGUUUCGAGUACUUAAACCUGGAGGCUGGAUAGAGAUAUUUGGAACUACUACUGAAAUUGUUAACGCCGGGUCUGCAACAAAAACAUUUGUUGAAUCAAUGAUCAAAUGCUUUCAUUUUAAUGGACUCAAUCCUAAUAUUGUGCGUACUUUUCCCAGAAAAUUAAAAUCCUUAAAUAUUAUAAAUGUUCAAGUGGUUGAAAUACCACUUUACCUUUCACCUAAUCAUCCCAUUUCAAAAAAUAAGGGACAAGAACUAUUAUUUGCAACCGCAGAAUCCUUAAGAGUAAUGAUUAAGCUAACAGUGGGAUAUAAUGAUGAAGAAUAUGAUCAAUUACUAAAAAAUAUUGCCAUAGAAACAGAAACUUUAAAUAU